UUAGCUUUAGCUUUAGACAGGCCCCGGAAUGGCGGUGCCGCUGCUGCUUCUCAUGGCCAAGCAAAGUAAAAACGAACAAUUGUUAUUCUCCUUCCAUUUCCUCACAGCCGAUAUUCUAAUUGUAUGAUACACACACUGUACAACCUCGUUAUUUAUAUCACAGCACAAAAAAAGGGGAAAAAAAAACCGAGAGAGAGAGAGAAAAGAUAAGUUGAAGGAAGAUUUUUGGUUAAUUUUUGAGUUUGUAGCCGUUUGAUCUCUGGCUCUCUCGCUCGGAAUGCUGAGGCUCUCUAGGGUUUACCAGCUCUUCUUCACAGCGCUUCUCAUUGCCUCUGUCUUCCUCUCCUUCUUCGCAGAGUAGCAUGCUACGCCGUUUUGUUAUCGGAGUCGGUUUCAAUCAUCGGACGCUUGUGGUUGAUUGAGUUCUUGGCUUUUCUCAGUGAAUACAAAGAUGGCAGCUGAGCUUGUCAGUUCUGCAACAAGUGAGAAACUGGCUGAAAUGGAUUGGGCGAAGAACAUUCAAAUCUGUGAAUUAGUUGCUCAUGAUCACAGACAAGCUAAAGAUGUUAUUAAAGCCAUCAAAAAACGACUGGGGAGUAAACACCCAAAUACUCAGCUGUAUGCCGUAAUGCUGUUGGAGAUGUUGAUGAACAAUAUUGGAGAGCAUAUUCAUAAGCAAGUGCUUGAUAAUGGGAUUCUCCCUAUUCUUGUGAAGAUAGUGAAGAAAAAGUCAGACGUGCCUGUAAGGGAGCGAAUAUUUCUUCUUCUAGAUGCCACACAGACAUCCCUUGGUGGUGCUUCUGGAAAGUUCCCCCAGUAUUAUGCUGCAUAUUAUGACUUGGUGAGUGCAGGAGUACAGUUUCCUCAAAGGCCUCAUGCUGUCCAAUCAAGUCAUCCUACGGCAGAAGCGAAUAAGAAUGAUUCACUUAAUGGGGAACUAGCCUCCACUAGACAUGAAGAGUUUGCUCAGCAAGCAGAGCCUCAAAUUGUUCCUGAGUCUAGUAUUAUUCAGAAGGCCAGUAAUGCAUUGGAGGUUUUAAAGGAAGUCCUCGAUGCUGUUGAUACUCAACAUCCUGAGGGAGCAAAGGACGAGUUUACACUUGAUCUUGUGGAACAAUGUUCGUUUCAAAAGCAAAGAGUAAUGCAUCUUGUGAUGACUUCUCGGGAUGAGAAGGUGGUUUCUCGAGCAAUUGAAUUAAAUGAGCAACUCCAGAAAGUUCUUGCAAGACAUGAUGCCCUCAUUUCAGGUAGGUCUACAUCAAUUGCAAAUCAUUUAAGCAUUGAUGAAACGGAGGAGGAAGAGGAGGCCGAACAGCUUUUCCGAAGAUUACGAAAAGGAAAAGCUUGUGUGAGACCUGAAGAUGAAGAGCAGUCUGUGGAGCACCCCCACUUGGGGUUGCUUGGAUCGACCAUUGCAGCUGAAAGGCUGAACCGUCCACUUAUACGGCCAGUAAUUUCGGAGCAAUCAAACGAAUGGAGUGCACAUCCUCCACCUGUUGCAAGGUCACCUCCACCAAGACACGUUGAGAGAGAGCCGCCGCCUAUUGCAAUUCCACCACCACCUGCCAAACAAAACGAGACGGAUCUUCCACCCGUUGCAAUUCCACCCCCACCGGCAAAACAUUAUGAGAGGGAGAGGUUCUUUCAGGAAAAGAAGGUGGAUGGUUCUGGUCUGAGUGGCCAUGUGAGAGGCCUCUCAUUAGACAGUCGCAGGACCGGUAGCUCACGCAGUGGAAGCACAGAUUUUAGUGACUGACUGCGCACUAAAAGGGCUCUUUUUUUUUUUUUUUCCCUCUAUUUGUUGUUUUAUGAGUUUGUGUUUUUAGUUUAUAUAUGUUAGUGGUUUCUGAUUUGCUAGUGCUGAUGGGUGUUAUAGAAAGAUGUAGGAUAUAAGUACUGACGAUUUAUGAUACAUUUAACAUAAAAAGGGUUUUUUUUUUUUUUUU